AGAUUGUCCGCUGGACCUUGACUCCCAUCAUAUCGAUAUCAGCGUUGAGUAUGGCGGCCUCGCAGGACGCAGAACUCUUCUUGGACUACCUCGUCGAUCGCCUGGCCAGGCUGGAAGCCGGUUUAUCCGGCGCACUUUACGAUGGGCCUUCGAACGCGAAGACAGAGCGCAUCCUGCGCUCGCUGGAAGGUCUUGAGCGCAAGCUGACCAUGGAGAAAGCUCCUGGGCCUUCAAAGGCUUCGUUGCAAAGCGACGGGACCUCUGGAUUGGGGCGUUGCAGGCCGAUAGAUGAACCGGCCGCUGCUGUUGAUGCCGGCUAUGUUGGCUUCGCUCCAGAGGUCUCAUCGGAAGCACCAGUUGUUGUUCCUGGUCCUCUGCACCUUGCUAGAUUCGAAUCGGCAAUGGAGCCCAGGGAAGAGCUUCGGCUGCUGAAAGCUGUCGUGUCGGACGUGUGCAGGGUGUGCAAUGCCGUAGCGCAGGGCGAUCUGUCACGCAGAAUCACUCUCCCAGUUGUGGAAGUUGUCAUGGUGCAACUGAUGAAUGUGGUCAACGAUAUGGCCGAGAAACUGGACUCAGUGGUGCACGAGGUCGUGCAUGUCAUCAAAGAGGUCAAUCACGGGAAGCUUGGCAUACAGGCUCGUGUCAAGGAUGCCCAAGGCUCCUGGAAAGAACUGACGGACAGCGUGAACGUGAUGACUGCCAGUUUGACCGUGCAAGUGCGCGCCAUCGCAGCUGCUACGAGUGCUACCGCUCGAGGUCAGCCGGGGCCGAGACAGAGGAUAACGGGCGUUGCUGCGGCAGGAGAGAUGCAAGACUUGCUCGACAGCGUCGACAACGCCAUUGUUGGGCUGCCCCAGUGAUCUUUCUCCACAAAAACAAUACAUGUGUCGCACACCGGAGUUGGUGUGGACGGCCGCAUCGGCGAACAGAGCGAACCUGAGGACACGCAAGGAAUCAGGAAAGAAAAGGCAUGAUUUCCAAUUCCACUCAGCGCGUAUGCUGUGUCUCUCGUUUUUACCUCAGCGAGGUCCCAAGGGGACUGAGAACGCC